AUGUCUCCAAAUCAAAAUUCAGCUGGAGCCAUGACACUUUCAAAUUUCGAUACUUCUUCUAAAUCGAGACAGAGACUGUAUAAUGCUUUGAAUAAUUCAGCAAAAAUUCGAUAAAACCCCCAGCAAUCAUUGUAGCAAAGUACAUCAAAUCAGUUUAAUUAACAGCAAGAGGGUGGAAAUAUUAGAAAUUUCAGGGUGCGCGAUUCUAAGAGAUAAACCAUGAAUAUCAGAAACAAUUCAUCAGAAAACAGUAGAUAUGAUAGGGAAUAGUUAGAAUAUAACCAGCUCUUUACUAAAAUUGAAAAUAAUGAACUUGAAAAGUAGAUUAAGCAACUAAAAACUAAGAUAUAGAUAUUAUACUAAGAACUAAGUAAAAAAGAUAAAUUAAUUGAACAGUUUAUAUCAAACUCUGUGCCAGAUAAGCAUAUUCAAGACUCUUAUGUUAUAAAUACAUACAAGACUCAGAUACUCGAGCUUCAAAAAAGACUUGACGAAUCAUAUGAGGAAAAAGAUUAAUUGAAAAAGUCCAUGCCUAUCACAAUGAACUAAGAACUUAUGAUUGAAAUGGAAACCUAUAAAGAAGAGUGUGUCAGAUUGAGGAAAAUAUUAGAUACCUAAUUUACUAAUAAUGAGAUGAAAGAAUUUUUUGGUCAAUCGAGUUGGGCAAAUGUAGAUCCCUACGAAAAUGAAUUGUAGUUAGAGUAGGAAAGAUAAAUGCUUGAAUAGCAAAAAGAGGUUGAAACGAUGAGGUAAAUCAUUUCAGAGUACGACUAAAACAAUUAAGAUUUGAUUUCCAAGUUAAAUGAGAUGGCUAUCUAAAAUCAUAAACUUUAGUAAGGCAAAAAAAAAGGUGGUGGAAAUAAAAAUGCUAAAAUGCAUAAUUUAGAAGACUAGGAAAUCUCAAACUUAAGGCGUAGACUUGGUGAUUUAGAAAGAAUUAAUUUGGAUUAAAGAGUCGAGAUCUAGAAGUACUACCUCCCCAAAAUAAUCUUCGUCCUACAAUCAUUAGCUCUAUAAUAGAAUCAUGAUAUUGUUGUUAUUGAAGAAAUGGAUGAGAGCUUAUUGAGGUAAACACUGGAGCCAUUCUUGCCCCUUGCUGAUUUUAUUAUAGAUGCUGAAUUCAUUGAAGUUCAUAAGAAUUAAUUGAAAUUUCUAUCAAAAGACUCAUUGAAAUAACUGCAAAAUGAAAUUUAAACUUGCAUUGAGCCCCAUUUGCAAAACAGAGAUCCCAAUGAUGAUAUGCUGGACAUAAACUCCCUUGAUCUCUAAAAUUAAUUCCCAGCUGUGCAAAACUUUUUGAGAUAUUUAUGUUAUCAAUGCUAUCAAUCAGAAUGCUUCCUAUCACUAAGAAUUCUUAAUAUCUUUUUCCAACAAAGUCAGUCAAACAACAAUUAGGAAAUGGAAGAUGAAGACCAAUAAGUAAUCAAAAUUAAAAAGGAACUAUAGAUAAUUGAUUUAUCUGGAAUAAUUCCACUAUUGCCAAGUGUUAGUGAGAAUUCAGUUAUUGAUCAGGAUACGCUUCUUAGAUUGCUUAAAUAAGAAGACUAGACUGAAUGCAUUGAGGAACUACUUAAGUUACUCGAAGUAAAGAGAAAUACUCAGAAAGUUUACAACCUUUAUGAAUUUAAGCUUAUACUAGAGGAUCAAUUGAAUCGACCUGAAUAAGAAAACUAAGAAAAAAUAGUUCUAAACUUUGUGAAAUCUUUGGCUUAAGAGAGCUUGAGAUAAUAACUGCAAAUGUAGACUAAAAAAAUAGUUAUAUAAUUGGGAAAUAAACAGAAGUCCAUGGAUUAUAUAGAUUAGUUUUAAUUCACUGAAUGGAUUUAGACUUUAAUCUAAAAUACUAGCAUGCAGUUAGACACUGAUACACUCAAUAUUCUCAUUAAGGAGCUGAGACUUAGUGAUAAGAGACCAGAAGUAUUAAUAUUUAAGAAAUUAGAGCAGUAUAUUAAUUAAUGA